CUCCGUCCGCGCCGCAUCAUCCUCGUUCGCCGAUCGCCACGGCCAGAGGGAAGGCGACAUCGCCGCGAGCGCCUGCACCAUCAUCCCUGAUCCCUGGAUUGGGCUGACCGUCGAGGGCUGGCGCGACGCCGAGGAAAGAGGUCCGGAUCCGGGACCUCGUCGCUGGCGAUGACGCCGAGGAAUGAGGCCCUACCGAAGGCCUCGGAAAGGAUAAUAUAACUAAAGAUAUGCUCGGUGCCUGGUUCACGCGGAGGUUCCUCCACCACCUGUUUUUGGCUCGAGGAGCUCACGUGCAUGGUCUUGGGUACCACAGAACACAAAGGUAAAAAGAAGCAGACAGCCUCUGUUCUUACUACAUGAAGCAAGAGCUAGCGAUGAAAAGGAAACGCAACGAUCUCGAUUUCUCACCAUUAAUUGCUCUAUUUAUGCAAAGUGAAUUGGGGGAAUGCUCAGUGUCACCUGCUCCCACAUCACAUCUCUCCCGAGUUGUCACAGCACUUGGAAAAAGGAGGAGUAUACUCAGAAGAUAAGAGAUCUAGGAAGCAGUAAAGCAAAUCCAACUUGAUGAAAUCCUCGUGAAUCAACAUAGCAGUGUGAUUCAACUAUUCUCUUCUUCUUCUUCUUUUUUUUGGCAUGUGCAGGGAAUGAGAGCUGAUUGGGGAAUUCAGUUGGCUGCUUGAAGUUAAAGGUUUGCUGGGUUUGAGUAGGGAGAUUGGCGAGCAAUACGGCAAUGCCAGUCCCUCUUGCUCCUUAUCCCACUCCACUUCCACCUGCACCCCCAAGCGGUGGUCAGAGCCAACUUGUUUGUUCGGGCUGCCGAAAUCUGCUUCUCUAUCCAGUAGGAGCAACGACAGUAUGUUGUGCUGUUUGCAGUGCAGUGACAACCGUUCCACCUAUCGGAACAGAAAUGGCACAACUAAUUUGUGGAGGAUGUCACACUCUGUUGAUGUACAUAAGGGGAGCCAGUAGCGUCCAGUGUUCUUGUUGUCACACGGUCAAUCUGGCUCUGGAAGCAAAUCAGGUAGCUCAUGUGAAUUGUGGGAACUGCCAUAUGCUGCUCAUGUAUCAAUAUGGAGCAAGAUCAGUGAAAUGUGCAGUCUGCAACUUUGUCACUUCGAUUGGUGCUUCGCCAAGCACUGAGCAAAAGGCCUAGCUAGUAAGAGAUCCUCCUCAAUCUCUUUGCAAGAAAAUGUUGAGUAUCGAUCUUCUUUUCCACUGAUUGUAUAGAGCCUUCUUCCUUGGCGAAUCCAAUUCUCAAGACAUCCUUCAAACACAAGAAGAUCCGAGGAUGUCUAUUUGGUGAAGAUUAUUGUAUAAAUAAAUGUUAUAACUAGAGUUGCAUGGAUGGUAUUGUCUAUAGCUUAUGCCAAGUGCUCAUGAUUGUUCACUUAAUCAGCAGUUCUAAUGCAGACCUUUUUCAUGUGUCAAAACAUUCGAUCUUUCAUUGUUUUUUUCUUCAA